AUGAGGGAACUGGAAGAGUUGGAGCGAAGAUUCGAAGAGGAGAGGGAGGCUGCGAAGCGAGAAGCGCGUACAAAGGUGUUGCUGGACUUUGAGAGGAAUAGCGGCGCCUCGUCUUCCUCCCUGGCAUCUUCCAGUGCUGCCAAAGGCGUCGGCAGUAAGUCGUCGGCACCUGCCCACCCACCCAUGCGAGGCGGUCAGGCGCUCCUCCUGACAGAUGCUCGCCCAUCACAGGUUCAAAUGGCGUCGGCAAGUCCGCUCCGGUCACAAUAGCACAGAAAGCUCGUUCGUCAUCGCCCACGCUCUCCUCGCUUCCAGCGCGUAUCGCAGAAGCGACUCGAGCUGCGGAGGACGCAGCGAUGGCCGCAUUAGCAGAGGAGCAAGCUCAGGCAGCUCGAGCCAAGUUCCCAAGCUAUUGGGUGCCCAGCCUCACUCCCGAUCUCAGCAAUCAUCAACUCUCUGCUGAAAACCUGGAGAUCAAGAGGAAGGAGAGGGCAAAGCUCGCCAAACCUAGAUGUCUCAUUGGUGGCGAACCUGGACAUGCAACCUCGUGAGUCGAGCGGCCAGCGAUGUGAUUCUUGCUUUCAUAGAUCACAAGUUGACUGAUGUCCGCGCUCCCCUGCUAAUUCGCAAAAACCAGCACCAAGCAGCUCGUCGGUGUCAAAUUUGCACGCAGUCCUGACGGCGAGCGCAACAUUUGUCCUUCUUGUCGCAAAGGUCUGAGCAAUGCAAGCCACUUGCACGGUAAGCAAGAUCCGCGCAUCGCGAAUGCAGCUCUCGAAAGCAUGCACUCAUCUGACGGAGCUGCUCCACCAAUUGUCCCCACCGCGUCAGCAGUGCUGCGAAGAUGCGGCCACGUUUACUGCGCCCUGUGUAUAUCUACGCUCGUUCCUUCUUCAGCUUCAUCGUCUGAUGCAAAGAAGGAUAAAGCGUCAGAGAGGGAGAGCGACGCCCCUGCUCAGUGCCCGGAAUGCGACACCCGAAUCAAGGUUCCUACCAAGGACAUCCUUAAGCUGCACAAGGAAGGCACAGGGCACAUUGGUGCUGGAGGUGUAGAGGUCACUAAAAAAGGUCUCGCUUUUUUGGGCUAG